ACAAGAUAAGAAUACUCAAGUCACUGAAGAAAAAAAAUCAGCAUUGCUAAAAAUAACUAUACAAUUCACAACCUAAUGUGAGCUGGUUAUUACUGUAUUUGCUUUGUGUGUGAUUUCCUUGCAUUUGCAUUUACAAUAAGCUGUGAGUCAGAUUGAUGUUUCAGUCUCAACUGCUGUCACUUCCAGAUCUAGGGAUCAUGGAUCAGGGAAUGUUCCCACCAGAGUUGUCCAUUCUCUUUAACACCAACCCACUUCCUAAGCCCAGCGCCCGGGAUCCCUCUGCACGGAACAGAUUCCCGUUUCCCUUCCUUCCAUCCGCUGGCCAGGGCCUGUCAUUCCCACCUCUGACCCCGUCUAUGGAGGAGCACGAUCAUCAGGCUGGGGGUCCCGAGGAGCAGCAGGGGGCUUCGAAUGUAGGAUUCAAUGUGCAGUGUGAGAAGAACAAAAUGGUUGUCAGCAUCAACAAGGAAACUCUACAGGCCAAUGGGUUUGGAAAACCCAAUAUCACUCUUCAGGACUCCCAAUGCAAAGCAACCUCCAACAACACACACUAUAUACUGGAGACGCCCCUGUCUGGCUGCCCAAACCACCAAAAUUCCCUCCCAGCCCAGCCCCAGUGGUCCUUUAUAUCAAUUCAGUUUGAGUACUAA